AAUAUAAUUUAUUUAUAGAAACAAUUAAAUAUCAUAGAUUACAUUAUAUAAAUUGAUAAUAUACAUUUAAAUGCAAAUGAUACUACAAAAAAAAUUAUAAAAACAGUUUUUAAGAUAUCCCCCUAUAUAUUAAAUGAGAAGUCACUAAAGUGAUUUCUACUAACGUGUCGCUCAUAGAAGAGCUUUCUAAUUAUUUUGGUUAUAAUAUGAUUGGUUGAUGGUUUUUAAUUUUUUUAUUUAUUUAAAAACUUUAAAAGGAAACUAACCGGUGUUUCAAAAAAAGGAACCUAACCCUAGAAUUACCUAAUCUAAUAUAUGUUUCCAAACAUACAAUUAAAAAUUUUAAAUUUAGAUGAAUUAAUAUAAUUUAUUUAUAGAAACAAUUAAAUAUCAUAGUAUUUUUCACAUGCUUUUCCUAGAGUUAAUACUCUAUUAAUAUAAUUCAUAUAGCUUUGAUUAUAAUAAAAUAAGCAUGCUUGUUGUGAAUAGUAAAAAAAAUAAAGGAGACCUAAGAAAAACAUGAUGGAAGAAUAAUAAAAUAUGUUUUUGUCUUCUUAGUUCUUUUAUAUUCUUAUGUAUUUAAUUUUAUUUAUUUGUCGAGAUGCAUGUAUUUUUGCAUUACUAUAAAUGUGAACUAAUUAGUUUUAGGUGUUUUUAAACAUUGUGAUAAAUUGAGUAAGAAAGGUCAAUAAAAAUGAUCCGUUCUAUAAUUGUUAAAGUUAAAGAAAUAAAAUAUAAUGUAGGAUAAAUUAUUUUAAAAUAGUGAGAUGUAUAUUUUGCGGUAUAAUAAACUUUUAAAAUGUACAGUAAUAAACGUUUAACAAAUUUUAUACAAAAAAAUAUAUUUAAUGUUGAUAUAAUAUUGAAUCUCACAUUAAUAUUAAGUAUAUAUGAUUAAAAUAAUAACAUUUUGUUAUUUUUUCUUAUUAAUUAAUCAGAUCUAAUUAAAAUAGGUAUGUGUUAAAGGAAGAAAUGGUUUUUUAACUCAUUUAAGUUUUAUGUUAGACACUAAAUAAAAAAUGAGUGAGAAAGUGUGAUUUGUGAUUUGAAAAAAUUAUGAGAAAAAUUACUGAAACAACUAUUUUCCUAAUAAAUAUUUUCAUGUUUACAUUAACCAAAUUUGUCUUUGGUUUUAAAGAGAUAAAUCAUACUAAAUAUUAAUUGAAAAGUCAUUUAAGUGAUUUAUUCUUAUGUAUUAUUAAAAGGUUAAGUUUUAAAAAAUAUUUUUAAUUUGAUUGGUUGUUGACGUUUAUUAGUAAUUUAUUUUAAUCAGAUCUAAAAAUAAAAGGUAACUAUAUAACUAAUUAAUAUAAAUUACCAAAUAACACAAGUAAUAUUACAAAUAAUAAUUUAUGGCAACUAAUUGUAGAAUUGGUGAAAUAAUAUAUAUGUUUUAUCAAUUUCUUUUUUUAUCAAUCAUUUACAUAUAAUUAAACAAAAUACUUUAACUUUUUUUUUAUUGAAAGACAUUUAAUGGUUAUAGAUUCUAAUAUAAAAGAAUUGGAUUUGUAGGUAAAGAAUUAUUAGAACUUUUUAUGUUUGCUAAAGUCCACACAAAAAAAACAUUUACAAAAUAUCUUCAUGAUAAAAACAUCCGAUCAUUGCAUUGGUCAUGCACGAAAAAAAACUGUUUUUAUUUCUUAAAAGCUAGCGUAUUUCCGUUUUUUUCAUGUGUUAAAAUAAAAUAUAAAGUAAUUCUACAACCAAUUAUCUGAUUAAUUAUAAUAUUGUUUUUCUUUCUGUAAGAGAAAUAUUUGUAAUGACUAAGGUUUACGUUGUUGAACUAUUUGAAAUCUUACAAAUCUUCUACUUAAUUAUCCAACUAUAUGAAAUAAAUUAUUAAAAUUUUAAUUAUUAUUCAAAAAUUAGAACAAUGUAAAUAUAAUAUAUAUUUCUUCAUAUAAUAUAAUUACCCGCAAAAUUGUGGACAAACACCUAGUCCCCCUAUAUAUUAAUUGAGAAGUCAUUAAAGUGAUUUAUGCUGACGUAUCGCUCAUAUGAAAUCUUUCUAAUUCAUUUUUAUAAUUUCAUUGUUGAUGGUUUUUAAUUUUUUUAUUUAAGUAAAAGUUUUAAAAGGAAACUAACAGGUAUUUCAAAAAAGAAAGGAAACUAACCCUAAAAUUACCUAAUCUAAUAUAUGUUUCCAAACAUACAAUUAAACAUCUUAAAUAUAGAUGAAUUAAUAUAAUUUAUUUAUAGAAACAAUUAAAUAUCAUAGAUUACUUUAUGUAAAUUGAUAAUAUACGUUUAAAUACAUAUGAUACUACAGAAAAAAUAUAUAAAAGGAAAAUGAAAGAAAAACGGUUACAUGCGAUUUCAAAGGCGAUCCGGUUCCUUUUUGGGGUUCUGACGUCUUUCCGAUUACUGCUCGCCGAUCUGGCGACCAUCUUCUAUAUUCUCGGAAGUGGGGCAUCUUGGAACUAUACACGAACCCAUUUCCUGACGGUUAUCCCCACCAUCUGGUGGCAAAAUCGUGAUGAAAGUUCAAUUCAAUUCCUACAGAACAGAGUCUAUUUAAAGGAGUUCGGGGCUCUCCUGUGGCUUCACAACAUCUUCUUACUAAUACCUUCUAUUGUAUCUACAAAAGUUAUGGCAGAAAAUAUUCGUAGAGGAAUGCAAAACAUCAAUUUGGGCGCCGAAGAUCCGCCGGUUCAGUUACCAGCAAACGUCGUCAAUGAAGCAGCGGCCGGCAACCGGUUUGUCUUAAUUGGCAGACCAACGAUCCCUAGGAGACAGAAUAUCCGCUCAAUCAUUGCAACUCUGCCUCGUAACUGGGGCCAUGUUGGUGUCUAUGGGAGAUUGGUUGAAGGACGCCGAUUCCAAUUUGUUUUCCCGUCGGAGGAGGCUCUUGAAAUGGUUUUACGGCGUGGACCUUGGGCGUUUGCAGAUCGUAUGCUCAUUCUGGAACGUUGGACUCCAAAUUUCAACCCCCUGAUGCUCAAUUUCAUUCCUUUUUGGAUCCAGAUCCGAGGAAUUCCUUUCCAGUUCAUGAGCCAAGAUGUGGUGAUACAUAUUGGGCGGGCUUUGGGAAUGUACAUAGAAGUUGACUAUAAUGCUGAUGCUGCGGCUCGAAGGGACUACGCUCGGGUGAGAGUGAACUGGGAUGUUGAUGAACCUCUUCGGUUUCAAAGACAAUUUCAGUUUACGGCAGGUAUUAAUACUCUGCUGCGUCUCACCUAUGAGCGCUUACGGGGUUUCUGUGAAAUUUGUGGGCGUUUAACCCAUGAUUCUGGCGCUUGUUUGAUCCAAAACGGAGGGAUUCCUCAAGAUGGGGGAGAUGAUGACAGUGAGGGCGAUAAUGAAGAGGUUCAUCUGGCUGUAAAUCAUGGGGUUGUUAUUGAAGAGGUGAAUGAAGAUGAAAGGAAUGAAGCGGUGGAUGUAGAGCAAGAGGGUAUUGGAAAUGUUCCAGAGGAGCAAGUGGAAGGUCGUGAAGAUCUGAUGGAGGAAGCUGAAGAAGAAGAUGACCUAUGGAAUGGUCAUACUCUGCCUAAUCUGUACUCGGAUGAACUCAACACUGAGGAAAUGUUCAACCCAAUCAACCCGUUUGUUGAUGGGUACGAUGGAAGGGAGGGUCUAAAGAGGAAAGCUUGGAUGGCUGAGGCAGACCACAACAAAGGCAAAUUCUCCUCUGUUGAGAAAGGAGAAUCUAGUGGUGUAAGAAGUGUGAAGCGCAAGACAAGAGGAGAUGUGACAUUGGAAGAGACUACCUGCUCGGCUGAUACAGAGGAUGAAGCUGACACUACAGUGGGAGGCGCGGUGGGCCCUGAACCACCACUGCCGCCAUGAGGACAACCUGUUGGAACUGUCGAGGAUUGGGCAUAGACUCGACAGUUCGACGCCUUAAGGAGAUCAACAGGUUGUAUCUCCCGGACAUUGUAUGCUUGUCAGAAACAAAACAGAAUGAUGACUACAUCCGUGAUGUUGGAGCUCAGAUAGAUUUUCUUAAUUAUGUUUCA